AUGCCUGAGCCACGACUGAGCAGACCUAACCCUAGGCUGUGCAAAUUCGUCGCAGACUACCUCCAAAAUUACGCUGGAUUUGUCGUGUGCCGCCUGCUGCUCGGUAUCUGCGAGUCCGCUUUCUUCCCCUCCCUGAACCUCUACGUGUCUAUGUUCUGGAAGCGUGAGGAGAUUGCCAAGCGCGCCAUUCUGCUGAUGGUCUCCAUGUCUUUGGCCGGCGCAUUCGGUGGUCUCCUAGCUUAUGCCUUGACUCAGCUUGAUGGAGUGGGUGGCUAUUCUGGCUGGCGGUGGCUUUACUUCAUUGAAGGUCUCAUCUCGUUUGCCUUCGGCAUUGCCACCUAUUGGCUGUUCCCUGAUAAUCCAGAGACUGCCUAUUUCUCGAACGAAGAAGAACGUAAGGCUGGGAAGGAGCGGCUUAUGAAACGAGGCAACUACGAAGAUGUGCACCCAAGUAUACACACCUUCCUGCCCAACAUCGUCAAAGGUCUCGGCAAUACAGGUCUACAGACUCAGUAUCUUACGAUUCCAAUCUACAUAUCCGGUGCCAUUGGUGUCAUUGCCGCAGGUUAUCUAGCCGAUCGAUUCCAAUAA